CUCAAUCCCCGAAGCCUAACCCAAGAAGCAAGCGCAAAGCAAAUUUUCCUUUGCUUCGUGUUCAUCACCAGACCAGCUCCUCUAGUCUCUAGACCAACUCAUUCUCCUAGAAAUGGGUAACGAGAAGCGUCAGCUACACAUGUUCUUCUUUCCCUUUAUGGCUCAAGGCCACAUGAUACCCGCCAUAGACAUGGCCAAACUAUUUGCUUCGCGAGGUAUAAAAGCAACCAUAGUUACCACUCCUCUCAACGCCCCACUCUUAGCCAAAACAAUACAAAGAAGCCAAAAUUUGGGUGUCGAAAUUGGAGUUCUUGUUAUCAAAUUCCCUACUAUAGAGGCUGGAUUGCCUGAAGGAUGUGAGAGCUUCCACAUGGCUUCUUCACAUGGAGUGCAACAGAAGUUCAUCAAAGCAACCACCAUGCUUGAACCACAGAUUGACCAGCUUUUGCAAGAACAUGCUCCUGAUUGCCUUGUCGCCGACAUGUUCUUUCCGUGGGCUACCGACAUUGCUACUAAAUAUGGUGUUCCGAGGCUUGUUUUCCAUGGAACCGGUUUCUUCCCCUUAUGUGCUUUAGAAUGCCUCAGACUAUACGAGCCUGGCAAGAACGUGUCAUCAGAUUCAGAACUAUUUUCCAUUCCUAAUUUGCCGAACGAUAUCAAGUUGACAAGAGCGCAAUUGCCAGUUUUGGCCGAAGAAAAUGUUGAAAGUACAGAAUUUUUUGCCAAGUUUUUUAAAGCAUUAAGAGAAUCAGAGGCGAGGAGCUAUGGUGUUGUUGUUAACAGCUUUUACGAGCUUGAACAAGACUAUGUAGAUCACUACAGGAAGGUUAUGGGAAGGAAGGCGUGGCAUAUAGGGCCCCUUUCAGUAUGCAUCAAAGAUACUGAAGACAAAGCACAAAGGGGGAAGGCAAGUUCUAUAGAUGAACAUGGGUACUGUUUAAAGUGGCUUGAUACAAAGAAACCUCAUUCGGUUGUUUAUAUUUGUUUUGGAAGUGUGGCAGACUUCAAUGACUCUCAGCUAUUGGAGAUUGCAAUGGGUCUUGAGGCUUCUGGACAGCAAUUCAUUUGGGUUGUGAAAAAAGAAAAGAAUCAUGGAGGAGAAGAAGAAGAAGAAGAGUGGCUGCCUGAAGGGUUUGAGAAGAGAAUGGAAGGCAAGGGACUGAUCAUAAGAGGUUGGGCGCCCCAGGUGUUGAUUCUUGACCAUGAAGCAGUUGGAGGGUUUGUGACUCAUUGUGGGUGGAAUUCCAUAUUGGAAGGGGUGGCUGCAGGAGUGCCCAUGGUUACAUGGCCAGUGUCUGCUGAGCAGUUUUUCAAUGAGAAGUUGGUAACUCAGGUGAUUAAAAUUGGGGUCAGUGUUGGUGCCCAACGAUGGGUUAGUUUGAAAGGGGACAACAUUAAUAGGGAUGCCAUAGAGAAGGCAGUGAAGCGGAUAAUGUUUGGGGAGGAAGCAGAGGAAAUGAGAAGCAGAGCAAAGGUGCUUGGGGAGCUGGCAAGGAGGGCAGUUGAAGAGGGCGGAUCGUCUUACUUGGAUUUGAAUGCUGUAAUUGAAGAUCUCAAGGCCAUUGGUUCUUGAUAAAUUACUCAUGAGUAACAAGGGUAAGCCUUAAACAGAAAGGUCUAACUUUUAUGUUCUCUGUUUGAUCUGCUUGUUUGGUAGAAUCCCAUCUGAUGUAAAGUUAUUGUGUUGUCCAAGAUUUUGGAAUCACAGGAUAAUGUGGGUUUUGAAAUAAUGACUCUUGUGAAUUUAAUUUGCAAUGGUUUCCUUUAUGUAAGUAUGUGGUAAGCACAUGAGGAAGAAAUUUCUCAUGGAGGAAAAUGGUACAAGAUCGAAUUGGGUGAAAUGAAGAGCAAUGAAGUUUCUCAUGUGGUAAACUGCAGGCAGGAAAGUAAAUAAUGAAAUGAAGAGCAAACCAUAAACACUGUUGCAAUGUGUUAAUGUUUUCUGGAAAUAUUUGUU